UGUUUGUUUGUUAUGGGAAGCAGAGGACCAAGCAAGCCUUUAUCAGAGCCUAUCAUAGAGCAAAGAGGAGGAGAAAAGGCCUCUGAGGUUUAUAGAGACGGAAGGUUGAUUCUUCUUUUCGAGGCCAGUUCAUCGGGCACUUCCUUCGGAUUAUUCAGCGUAAAAGAUGAGUACACUGGAUGCAACUAGGGCAGAACUAGGUCUUAUUGUUUUGUAUUUGAACAAGGCAGAAGCCAGGGACAAGAUAUGCCGUGCUAUACAAUAUGGUUCCAAAUUCUUGAGUAAUGGAGAGCCUGGUACAGCCCAGAAUGUUGACAAAUCAACCACCUUGGCACGGAAAGUUUUCCGUCUUUUCAAGUUUGUCAAUGACUUGCAUGCUCUUAUCAGUCCAACUGCACCAGGAACUCCCCUCCCUCUGAAUUUGCUAGGAAAGUCCAAAAAUGCAUUACUGUCAACUUUCUUGUUUCUUGAUCAAAUUGUGUGGCUUGGUAGAACGGGAAUUUAUAAGAACAAGGAACAGACUGACCUAAUUGGCCGCAUCUCUCUCUAUUGUUGGAUGGGUUCCUCAAUUUGUAGCACUUUGGUUGAGAUUGGGGAGCUUGGAAGACUUUCUGCAUCAAUGAAGAAGUUGCAAAGGGAUCUUAAUAACAGUGAUAAGUAUCAAAAUGAGCAAUAUCGUGCCAAACUUAAACAAUCAAACGAGAGGUCUCUGGCCCUGAUCAAAGCAGGCAUGGAUAUUGUAGUAGCUGUUGGACUGCUUCAAUUGGCACCCAAAAAAGUUAGUCCCCGUGUAACCGGAGCGGUUGGAUUUGUUAGCUCGCUUAUCUCUUGUUAUCAGUUGCUUCCAUCGCCAGCCAAGUCCAAGGCACCAUGAGAAGAGAAACAAACAUCUCCUCAAUGAGCUUCAAUGUUGUCUAAAUAAUUAUUUAGACUUGUAUGAGAUCAAAACUUGGUAUGAGCUUUAAGCAAUUUGCCCACAAGCAGUGUAAUCUUUGCAAUCUCAUCCUCGACCUAACUGCACGAUUAUGUCGGCUUAUUGUAUACCGUGGAUUUACUUGUAAUUAGACAUACUUGUCGAUCUAUGAUGCAUGAUAGUAUUUUAUAUCCCUA